CUUGCCCCCAAAUCCUCCAUCGCCGGCUGCGUCACUCAUCUCCUCGAUCCAGGUCGCCGAUCCCAUUUGCCUGCGUGCUGUCCUCUCGGCCCAUCCGUCGUCCUGCUUUCCCUCGCCCUGUCGAACCGACCGCCCCGCCAUCGUCUCCACUCCUGCGUCCAUGCUUCAGCCCCAGGCCCCUGACCCGGCCCGCGCAAGCCCAGUUGCCGAGCUCAAGACCCCUAUUCAUGCACCCGAAGCGGCCGAGCCUGCUACCACUCUGGCCCAGCAGGAUGCCCGGCAAGACGCCCAGCAGGACGCCCAGCAGGCUACCCAGCUCCCUACUGCUCCUCCAACCCCAAAGACCCCGCAGCUCCAGUCGCCGUCGACUCCCGAUGUUGGCUCGACCCCGUCCACAAGAACGGCUCCUACGCAUCUGUCGACUCCCUCGACCCAGCAAACUCCCUCCAGCCAUCUCACCCCGUCGACCCAGCAAACUCACUCCAGUCGACCAGUUCUGACGAGCCCGUCCACGCUUUCCAGCCAGCAGACGCCUCCCGGCCAGCAUGUGCCGUCCAAUCUCAUGACUAGAGAUCUGCCCUCGAAUUUGUCGCUGCAGUCCUCCGAAGCCAGCUUCUACACCGAGCCUCCCCGGCCCAAUACCUCCAGGCGGGCAGCGACGCCGAUCCCAAACCUGGCCCACGCAUCCUCGUCGUUGUCGUUGACGACUGAGACGGCAUCCGUGACGUCCUCUCAGAUCCCCGUCACCUCGUCGCCGCUCUGGUAUGCUCGGCCCAUCGACACCGACAGCGCUUUCCGCGAGGCCAUCUUCCGCCCAUUUGUCCGCGAAGGAUCGGUCUCGUCCCUUGGCCACCGAGCCUCGACCCUGAGCAUGGCCGAUAACCUGAGCCCGCAGUCCACUUCGGCGCAUCCGCCGCUCGCUCGACAAAUGACCGCAACCACGUAUUCGACCGAAGACGGCCGGGAAGUCACAGCGUCCUCGGCAAUCCGGGAUGAACUAUCCCCCAUCCUCAAGUUUCUGACCAUUGUGCCGCCGUGUCUCACCCAACGGUGCACCUGUGGCUCUGAUUUGCUCGUCGGUGUCUUCACCCUGUCGUUUGUGGUCAUUGGCCUGAAUAUUCUCGAAAUCAUCAACUUUAGCAAGUCUACGGAUGUGCUGCUCCCGAGCAAGCCCGCAUUGCUGGUCUUUGACAGCAUCAACGUCUUUGCGCUCUUCAUUUUCGUGUCUUGUGUCUCAAGAAUCGAGCUGUUUGCCCUUAUCGGUUUUCAGGUGCUGUGGUGCACCAUCUACACGGCAUUCGCCAUCGUCCAGAUCGCUCUCGAGAUUCAAAACGGGCUCUUUGCGCAAUUGUUUGUCGAGCUCGGCAACUCAAACAUCAACUCGUUCGAAAAGCUGGUCAUUUUCCUUGUCAAGCUUUACUUUGGCUUGUUCAUGUACUCUCUAUGGUUUAGCAUCGUCCGUGAGCCCGAAGCCUACUAUCCCAACGACGAUGACGUCUCGACGGUUGCAUCCUCGAUCGAGCCCCUGCCCGAAUACGUACCACCCUACCGCCGCACUCCAAGUCUCCGUGCCUCGAGUAUCCGCAACCUUGCCCUCAACAUGGAUCUACGCUCCGCAUCCCCGCCACCGCCGUACCAAAGCGACAUCGAGAGCCAACCGUACCCCAGCCCCCGGUCUUCUGUCCAUAGCCUGCAAGGCCACGGCUCACACCGGUCGCUGAGAUCGCUGGCUCUGAUUCCCACAGCGCAAUCGCCAAAUCAGGGCACGUCCGCUAACAUGUUUGGCCAGCGUGCCCGACGAACGCAUUCGGCCUCGUCCCUGAGCCGAGAAGCCCAGAUCACCAUGGGCGAUAUACCACUUUCACGCUUUGCGUCCGACAUCCACCCAAGCAUUGUCACGUCACUGUCCUCUCCCCUGUCGUCUCAAGCCUCUGCAGGCAACCUUCCGAGGGCCGACCCUCGUGCCGCUGCUGCAAUCAGCCCAGGGACGCCCGUCACACCCGAACUCCGAGCAACCUCGGCACUGCCCACACCCACGAUCAACACUCCACGCAUCCCCUCACCAUCACACUCGGCCGACCUUGGCGAACCUGACCACGGUGCAGCGUCAUGAGAGCCACGAACCUGCGUCCGGCACGUUUCGGUUGUCCGGCCUGGCCCGCUCCUGCAUUAGAAUCAGGCCGCGGAUGUUCUCCAACCUACCGAGCGGCAGCCUGCUUGAAGUCGAGUCCCCUGCGCCAAGAGCAGCGGCUCUGUUGAUCCAUUUUCGAUCCCAUGCCGUUUCGUCGCCUCAUCAGUUCUCUUUUACAGGCAAUCCAAUAAAAAACGGGACACCCGGGUUUUUGACCAUUCAUCGAA